AUGAAAGUAGAAGUAAGGAGGCUCUUGGCUGCCAACCUCCUCUGCGUGUUCUCGGUUAUCCUCACAGCGGUCGUUCCGGCUUUCUUCUGGGACGGAUUCACGGUCUUGGGAACGCAUCUCGCGUGGCUGUGUAUUUGUUCUGUUUGUGUUGGUACCGUUAAUGUAAUCUUGCACUUAGUCCUUAAGCCAAAUCAUUCUCCUAAGAGAAGUUCGUUUGCUCACAAG